AGUGUGCCAGACGCAGCCCGGAAGAUUCCGUUUCGAAAAUUGCGUCUUUACUAUUCGAGAAUGAAUACAAUUAAAAAAACGCGGCGCAUGUCCACGUGUUUGGUGACUUUUAAAUAUUGAAAUAAUUUAUUAUUUGAUUAUUUGAUGGUGCCGGUCCAUCCUCUUCACGUCCUGCUUAAAUGACUCAGACAUUUCUAAAAAAUGCUUUUCUAAACUAGAAUGAUGAAUGAAUGGAACAAACGGAUUUCGUAGGCUGCGACAACUUACGUUUUGAUAAACUGUGUUCAAACUCACGUAAAUAACCCUGACUGAACGUUAUCCACCGUUUGACAAUUAGUAUAGCUAGUUUAGUUAGCCAGCGAACGUUAAUUUAACGGACUACCAAUUGUUUAGUCACUGCAGUGUUGAAUUUCCUAAUGAAAAUGCAUAUCGAGUUGCCACAUUUUUGGUAUCACCUAAUUUCCCGUUGACUUGGCUCGCCUUGUUGCACUCAACGCGCAGCCGUAGCCUGAACACCCGACGUUCAGUUUCAUUGAAUUCGAGCAAAACAUUUGCGUUUGGAUCAGGACAUUUUCCACUCACUACCUCAGAAUCUUGAAUAACAUUUUAUUUGAACUUUACCUGUUUUGAGUGUGGUUGGUCCUUUUUCAGGUAGGAAUGUGAGACAAUCUAAUUUAUCCACAGGGAAGUAUAUUUGCAUUAACUUUUCAAAGCGCUGGUAGUGCAUUCACGUAAAACAUGCACACAAUAUAAAAAUAAAUGCAGAAGACUUAUGCAUACUUGCCGAGCUCGGCGACGUGUUUACAUGGUUCUACACAUGUGAUAGAAAUAUAAAUGCACCACCAGGCUUUGAAAAGUUUAUUUAAUUAUACUUUCCUGUGGAUAUAUUGUCUCGCAUUACUACCUGCAAAACCACGUGGACAACGGAUAAAGAUGGGCUAGUUCUUGGUGCUGACACCAGGGCCACAGAAGGCAUGAUUGUGGCAGAUAAGAACUGCUCCAAGAUCCACUACUCCCUGUCCACGGGCCAUUUGCCUCGCGUGGGCACUGCCAACCGCAUGCUCAAGCAGAUGCUGUUCAGAUACCAAGGCCACAUCGGUGCUGCCCUGGUUCUGGGUGGAAUGGACUGCAAUGGUCCCCACCUCUACAGCAUCUACCCCCACGGCUCCACCGACAAGCUGCCCUACGUCACCAUGGGAGGAAGAUGCCAAGCGGCUGGUUCGGGAUGCCAUCGCGGCCGGCAUCUUCAACGACCUGGGCUCGGGCAGCAACAUUGACCUGUGUGUCAUCACCAACGGCAGGGUGGACUACCUGAGGCCCCACGACAUGGCCAACAAGAAAGGGGUUAGGUAAAGCCAACUACCCACCCAAAUGUCCUCAUAAUGUCCUAUAACGUAACAUGUUCCCAUAAUGUUCCACAUCUGUGGUCCCCCACAGACUGUCCCAUUGCUUGUCUCCAUGAUGUUCCCUUGGUAGUCCCCAACAUGUGGCUGCGAUGGUCCACACUUUUCAGAGUCAAUAAUCUGUAGAACACAAUUAUGUACUGAAGAAUUACCUCUAAUAAAAGCACAAUCGCAAGUGGCACAAACUACUGCAUGUUUUGAGUUCAGUCACUUCCAAACCACUGCACGUUUUGAGAGUGCGGUCACUUCCAAACCACUGCACGUUUUGAGAGUGCGGUCACUUCCAAACCACUGCACGUUUUGAGAGUGGGGUCACUUCUAAACCACUGCACGUUUUGAGAGUGGGGUCACUUCUAAACCACUGCACGUUUUGAGAGUGGGGUCACUUCUAAACCACUGCACGUUUUGAGAGUGGGGUCACUUCUAAACCACUGCACGUUUUGAGAGUGCGGUCACUUCCAAACCUUUAUUUACCCAUGACGGAGAAUAUUUUUUCCCCAUAGCAGUGCAUCUUUUGAAUAAUCUAGUCUAGUUUCUGAAUGAGUUGUAAUAAUUUUGUGGUCUUUAAUCUGUUAAGAAUGCAUGACCUUUUGACAUGUUGAACGACUCAACACUUUGGCCUGUUUUUGUUUGAAGACGUGUGAAUGAGCUUGAAGCCUUGCCCCACCAGUGAGUAAUAAAGACUCGG